AUGGCGCACAAGGCAGAUUCACCGAUGAAGCCAAAUGCAGUACAGCCAUUGGUGGUUAAGGGUCAGAAAAGGCUGGUCAAUUCCGACACCAGCAGGGACAGCUCACUUGCUGGCAGGAAAUAUUUAGCGAAAGACAAGCUUCUUUCGGCACAGAGAAGCACUUUGCCGUUUGACGUGAUCACUAUGGCCACCGAGAGAAGCCGUUCACGUCUCUCGCACACUCUGUGGAUUUUCGCUUCAAUGUCCAAUGCUGACAUUGAUACUGAAACUGUUGAAAAAGCCAAGGAUGGCCGCUGGGUCCCAAUACCUGACAGUGAAAACGAAGCGAUGGUCUUAGUGGUGAAAGCAAGAACAGUUGCACCCGACAAGAGUUUUACAUACGAAAAGGCUGAGGAGUACUGUAACAAAGACACGUCCCACCUGGCAUCAAUCAGCUCAGCGGAGGAAGCGAAAUUCAUAUCCGAGCUAGCCUCUCAAGUUAUUGGUAGGAGUGAUAAGAUUUUCAUCGGUUUGCGAUCGGAAUUCAAAUGGGCUGAUGGGACUUCAGAAGACUUUGCUGAUAAAUUCACCAAUGUCAAGAAAUGCUAUUAUGUGAGUUUCACUACCUACGAUAAGUGA